UUUUAAUUUUCCCUUAUUUUAUAUUUUAUUUGAUUUUUCGUUGCGUGGACAAAAGAAUGAUUGUAGUUAUAUUUUUCUGAAUUAUUAAUAAAACUAAUUUUAUAUUAAAUAUGAAAUUUUAAUAGCUGUAACUAGUAACUUAAAUGUUCUCAAUGUACAAGUUAUUGGUUAUUGUAUGGAAAAAAUAUGACAGGAACCACUUCAAAGAGGAAAUUACGAAUUGAAAAUAAGAAGAAAAAAAUGGCAGCUUUAUUGGAUAUAGCAAAAUUAAAUGAAUACGAUCGAGCUCAAAGGAAUAAACAUGCUGUUAAGGUAGAUGAGGAUAUAGCCGUUAAACCAGAAACAGAACCAAGCCCAAAAAGAUUAAAAACUGGAAAUGAUACAGAAGAGAAUGGUAAAGAUCAGCCUCCAUUAAUAGGAGAACGUGGCCCUUCUGGAAAACCUAAAAUUCAUGGUGAAGAAUUAGCAGAACUAAAAAAGAUGUUACGUGAGAGAACAAAAAAAAUUCGUAGUCUGCCCCAGUUCAGACUACGUGAAUUAGGCGAAAAUGCCAGCUUGACUAUAGAUCUAAACGAUAGAAUUCCCAUGUUUCUCUCUGAUAUACAGCACUUGCUAAUGUAUUCACAAAUAGGCGUUCAUUCUCCUUAUUCCCCUGCGAGGUGGUGCGCAUUGGAGAAAUAUAAUAACCUAAAUAAUGUAAACCUACUAAUAGUUGAAAAUAUGUCUCUAUAUCAUUUUUCUUCCAAUGAAAAUCUCUUUCCGUUUUUGAGCUCAACAUUUCAGCACAAGUUGGAAAUUAUUACCCCUAGUUCUUACAAAAGUGAUAUUGUUAAGGAUUUGUCAAUGGUUCCGCUUACAGCGAUGGACUUUCUAGCAACACAAAUGAGGAAAUUCCAAAGUGAAUUUGGGAAUUUAGAGUCGGCCGUUCAAAAAAGUCAGGAACUCUUUGAUACAGUAAAGAAUUUCUUUCCAAUCGAAGAAAAAGAGGAGGAAACUCCUGCGUUACCAAAAAAUUCUAAAUUACCUUCAUGUGAUAAGUACUCCAGAACACAGCUGUUGUUAUCUGGCUGGCAGAUGGUCGAAGAAAACUUUCCUCUACCCAUUAAAGGACUCAUGGAAAGAAAAUAUUCUGGAUAUGUCCUUACCAAGGAUAAAUACAAGGAUGUAACACCGUUCAGCCCAUUGUUUGCUAUUGAUUGCGAAAUGUGUAGAACGUCGACGGGUGACCUGGAACUAACUAGGAUAUCGGCAGUAGAUGAAAGCCAUAAGGUUUUCUAUGACACGCUGGUGAAGCCGGAUAAUAAAAUCGUGGAUUAUCUGACAAAGUGGUCGGGUAUAAAUCACAAAAUGAUGAAGAACGUUACUAAGAAGCUGAAGGAGGUACAGGAGGAUUUGAGGAGGUUACUGCCCGAGGAUGCCAUCUUGGUUGGUCAGUCAUUGGCAAAUGACUUGCAUGUGAUGAAAAUGAUGCAUCCUUAUGUUAUUGACACCAGUGUAAUUUAUAACAUCACUGGAGACAGAUCAAGGAAGACGAAACUUCAGACAUUGGCGAGAGAAUUUCUGUCGGAAAAAAUCCAGACCGGUCACCAAGGCCACUGCUCGACCGAAGACAGUUUAGCGUGCAUGAAACUCGUUCAGUUAAGACUUCAGAAACACGUUUACUUUGGGGAUGCUGUGAUGGGCGGAAUCCACAACGAAAUCCGGGCUUACCCAGACAUGGGUACGUCCCAUUACGCUACCAGCAUGCUGAGGCAGUGUACCAAAGUCGAUAAGAAGGCGUGCGUUGUUGGUACAGGCGAUAUCGCGCAGAAGUACAAAUUUUACCUCGACAAAGGAGAAGAAGCUGACAUAAAAAAUAUCACAUGUAGUUCAGCAAAGACCAAUAAGGACACUAUAAAGAGAUACUGUGAAUCCUUGAAACAAUAUUCGUUAAAUAUCGCGCACGUCAAGAUACCGGACGAUCACUUCGAAGGGAAUUAUAAUUGUAAGGUAUUUAAAACUGUAGAUAAGUGGAUUAAGGAAAUAUACGAAGCGAGUAGCAAUUCGAGUUUACUUGCCGUCCUUUUCGGCGGCCAGCAGCAAGGUAACGGGGUUUGUUUUUUGCAACUGAAGAGGGAGUUUAUUUAGAUAUGUCCUUUAAUUUUAUUAUAACCGAAAAAUAUGAAGCAAAAAUAUAAUUUUUUAUG